AUAAUUUUCUAUUUUUUAGGCAAAGUUUAUAAAGGGCAACUUACACAACCUAACAAGAAAACUGUCAAUGUUGCCAUCAAAGCGUUAAAAGAAAAUGCGUCACUUAAAACGCAGCAAGACUUUAAACGUGAAAUUGAAUUAAUCUCGGAUCUCAAGCACCAAAAUAUUGUUUGUAUAUUAGGGGUUAUUUUAAAUAAAGAGCCUUACUGCAUGCUCUUUGAAUAUAUGGCAAAUGGCGACUUACAUGAGUUUCUAAUAUCGAAUUCACCAAUUGAAAAUAAAUCCUUAUUACAAUUGGAAUUUUUAAAAAUAGCAAUGCAAAUAAGUGAAGGAAUGGAGUAUCUAUCAGGUCAUCACUAUGUACAUCGAGACUUGGCAGCUAGAAACUGUUUGGUCAAUGAUGGGUUGAUUGUGAAAAUAUCUGAUUUUGGAUUGUCGCGAGAUAUUUACAGCUCUGAUUAUUAUAGAGUGCAAUCAAAAUCAUUACUUCCAGUUCGAUGGAUGCCCUCUGAGUCAAUUUUAUACGGGAAAUUCACAACUGAAAGUGAUAUAUGGUCAUUUGGCGUAGUUCUCUGGGAAAUAUAUAGUUAUGGAAUGCAGCCCUAUUGUGGUUACAGUAAUCCAGAGGUGAUAAAUUUAAUUAGAUCCCGCCAGUUACUAUCUUGCCCAGAUAAUUGCCCAACUGCAGUCUAUUCUCUGAUGAUUGAAUGUUGGCAUGAACAAGCUGUAAAACGUCCCACAUUUUCAGAUAUUUCACAUCGAUUGAAAACGUGGUACGAUGGCCAUGUCAAAAUCAGUUACCAAAAAUCAUAAAUAAAUUAAUAUACAUAUGUAA